CACUAGCGGGCGCGCAGGGCGGCCGGGCGGCUGCUAUAAGAGCGCCGUGGGGACGGCCUCCCCCCGUGUAUGUCUCCGGCUGCCGCCUCUGCUCCUCGGCUCCCCGCCCGCAGCGCCUGCCUGCCCGCGCACCCCGUCCCCGACGCGGCGAUGCGGCUGGACCGGCAGCGCGGAGAGCCGAGCCCCUCGGCCGGCAGGCGCGGCGCGGAGCGGAGCGGGGUCCCGCGCUGCUGGGCGCUGCUGCUGCUGCUCGCCCUUGGCUGCCUGCGCGCCGCCGCCGACGGUGCAAGAGCAAAAUGUGAAGAAUCUCAGUUUGCAUGUGGUAAUGGACGCUGUAUUCCUCAAAUCUGGAAAUGUGAUGGUGAUGAAGACUGUUCAGAUGGCAGUGAUGAGAGUGCUUGUGUGAAGAAGACGUGUGCCGAAUCUGACUUUGUGUGCCUCAGUGGUCAAUGUGUGCCUAACAGAUGGCAGUGUGAUGGGGAUCCCGACUGUGAGGAUGGGUCUGAUGAGAGUUCCGAGCUGUGCCACACAAGAACAUGCCGGGUAAAUGAGAUCAGCUGUGGUCCUCAGUCAACUCAGUGUAUCCCAGUGUCCUGGAAAUGUGAUGGUGAAAAAGACUGUGACAGUGAAGAAGAUGAACAGAAUUGUGGCAAUGUGACUUGUAGUCCAGCAGACUUCACAUGCAGCAGUGGGCAAUGUAUUUCCAAGAGCUUUGUCUGCAAUGGUCAAGAUGACUGCAGUGAUGGUAGUGAUGAGCUGGAGUGCGCACCUCCUACCUGUGGAGUUCAUGAGUUCCAGUGCAAGAGCUCGACUUGCAUUCCCCUCAGCUGGGUGUGUGAUGAUGAUGCUGACUGCUCUGACCACUCAGAUGAGUCUCUAGAGCAGUGUGGCCGCCAGCCUGCACCUUCUGUGAAGUGCUCUGCCAGUGAGGUGCAGUGUGGCUCAGGUGAAUGUAUCCACAAAAAGUGGCGCUGUGAUGGAGAUCCUGACUGCAAGGAUGGAAGUGAUGAAAUCAACUGCCCUUCUCGGACCUGCAGACCAGACCAAUUCAGAUGUGAAGAUGGGAACUGCAUCCAUGGGACUAGGCAGUGCAAUGGUGUGAGAGAUUGUCUGGAUGGCACAGAUGAAGCAAAUUGUAACAAUGUUAUUCAGUGCUCUGGACCUGGCAAAUUCAAGUGCAGGAGUGGCGAAUGCAUAGAUAUCAAUAAAGUGUGUAACCAGCAGAGAGACUGCAAGGACUGGAGUGAUGAGCCCCUCAAGGAGUGUAACAUCAAUGAAUGUCUGGUGAACAAUGGUGGAUGCUCUCAUAUCUGCAGAGAUCUCAUUAUUGGCUAUGAAUGUGACUGUCCAGCUGGAUUUGAGCUUCUGGACAGGAGAACCUGUGGAGAUAUUGAUGAAUGUCAGAACCCUGGUAUAUGUAGUCAGAUCUGUAUCAACCUGAAAGGGGGCUACAAAUGUGAAUGUAGCCGUGGCUAUCAGAUGGAUCUUGCUACUGGGGUGUGCAAGGCAGUUGGGAAAGAACCAAGUCUAAUUUUCACCAACCGCCGGGACAUAAGGAAGAUUGGCCUUGAGAGAAAAGAAUAUAUUCAGCUUGUAGAGCAGCUAAGAAACUCUAUAGCUCUAGAUGCUGAUAUUGCUGAGCAAAAACUUUACUGGGCAGACUUCAGCCAGAAAGCAAUCUUCAGUGCCUCUAUUGAUACCCGUGAUAAAGUUGGAACACACAUCAGAAUCCUGGACAACAUACACAGCCCUGCAGGAAUUGCUGUUGACUGGGUUUAUAAGAACAUCUACUGGUCAGACUCAGCUGCAAAGACCAUUUCAGUGGCUAGCCUAGAUGGCACAAAAAGAAAGGUUUUGUUUCUCUCUGAGCUGAGAGAGCCAGCUUCUAUUGCUGUAGAUCCUAUUUCUGGCUUUAUGUACUGGUCAGACUGGGGUGAGCCAGCAAAAAUUGAAAAAGCAGGAAUGAAUGGAUUUGACAGACAGCAGCUUGUGACAACAGAAAUCCAAUGGCCUAAUGGAAUUGCUCUAGAUCUUGUAAAAAGCCGCCUAUACUGGCUUGAUUCCAAACUACACAUGGUGUCAAGUGUGGACUUGAAUGGCCAGGAUCGUAGAAUUGUGCUGAAGUCACAUAUGUUCCUUCCUCAUCCUCUUGCUCUAACCAUUUUUGAGGACCGUGUGUACUGGAUUGACGGAGAGAAUGAGGCGGUCUAUGGUGCCAACAAAUUUACUGGAACAGAUUUGAUUACUCUUGUGAACAACCUCAAUGAUGCACAGGACAUCAUUGUGUAUCAUGAACUUGUUCAGCCUUCAGGUAGGAACUGGUGUGAAGAGCACAUGGCAAAUGGAGGUUGUAGCUACCUGUGCCUGCCUGCUCCUCAGAUAAAUGAACAUUCUCCAAAGUACACCUGUGCAUGUCCUGCUGGAUACUUCUUACAGGAGGAUGGUCUGAGAUGUACAGUUUCAGGUACUGGAACAACUGUGGCUUACACUGAGGCUAAAGAUACCAGCACAACAGAAAAAUCUCCAACUGUUGGACUAGUUCCUGGAGCGUUCAACACUAGUGGUACAACCUCUGAAGUAACGGCAGCUGGAAGAACAUCAGCAGCUUGGAUCAUUCUUCCUGCUGUAUUGCUGAUGAUGGCUGCAGCAGCUGGCUACUUCAUGUGGCGUAACUGGCAGCACAAGAACAUGAAAAGCAUGAAUUUUGAUAAUCCAGUUUACCUGAAAACCACAGAAGAGGACCUCACAAUUGAUAUUGGAAGACACAGUGGUUCAGUAGGACACACCUACCCUGCAAUAUCUGUUGUCAGCACAGAUGAUGAUAUGGCGUGAGCACUGGGUCAGCAAUCACUUUCAGUUUACUUGUGUCUUACACUCUUUGGGGAUAGUAACCAGGUUUGUGGCUGAAGGACUUCCUCCAUUCUUGGAAGAAAGAAGAUACUUUCUGUGUUUAUGGAACACUUGUGUAAAUAGUUAUUUUCUACAGCUUAACAACUCUGUAAAUACCUGUCCACAACAAUUCAGCUGUUAGUGGUUACAGUUUUAUCAGUAACCCUUGGGUUGGUUAGUCAGUAACAUCACUGACCAAAUAUAAAGCACUUUCCAUAGAAAGCCAUAUUCCAGCCACAACUUGUAACACCUGUACAUAUGUCUAUAGGCCACUUGUAAAUAAUUAUUGGAAAAUCACUAUCAAGCACUUUGAAAUACUUCAGAUGUAAAUUAUUGUACACUCUCUUUUUCAAUGAUUGGGGCAAUGGCAAUAGGAUAAAACGGGUGAUUAUGAUUGCCAAAAAUUUGUAAACAUAAGUAAUUUUAUAUGUACAAUUGCUUCAGUGUUGUCUGUUACCUCCUAGAGGUCUACAAGAAUGAAUGAUUUUCAAGAAACCACUGUAAAACUCAAAUGCAGCCAAGGGGAUAAAAAUAAAAUGAGUCAAGCAGUUAAAGUAUUGUUCUUGAUUAUUAUGCUAGCACUGAAGUAAAAUGAUGUAUCUCCUAAGUUGAAAGCUUUAGUAGGCUGCACUACCACUGCCAGCCAGAUCAUGAAGUAUUUCUUCAAUUAUUUCAGCAGCAUUUUAGGCACAAGUGUCAGGUAACGUGUUUGUUCUUGAGAGUAAUAGUCUGCGCAGAGUAAUGGACAGUGUGGGUCUCCUGUUGGAGAAGCACAGCUGAUCUCAUAAGUUAGCACUGACACAGGCGAAAAUGACACAACUACUGCUGCAAUAUUUUGAGAGGCAGCACUGGCAGACGUGCAAGAUGGAGACAGGUCAGAGCUCACCUCUGCCGGGUGAGUGUGAGGUCCUUGCAGUGCCAGGCUAUUGGCAGUUACUCCCUGUAACUUUUGUAGUAUGAGGUGCUACUUGACUGUUGCUAAUCCUUCCCCCUUCAAGGUAAGA